AUGGCUUUCACUCAUUCAAGCCUACGGCUCUUGCCUCUAAUCUCUCUGUUUCUUUCACUCGGUUCUGCCCUUCCCAGCAAGCACUUGAACCGACAGGCUGCGCCUUCCUACACUUUUCUCGGUUGCUUCAAGGACAACGAGGGUGGCCAAAGAGCGCUUACUGGCGGAAGCUACGCAGCUGAUGACAUGACUGUUGCCAGCUGCGCAUCAUUCUGCUCCAAGUUCGAGUUGUUUGCUGUCUCUUACGGCCGUGAGUGUUACUGCGGUCAAUCAGUCACAAACGGCAACACCGAGGUGGAUGCUGCCGACUGCUCUUUCCCAUGUGGAGGGGAUCCAAGCGAGAAAUGCGGCGCUGGCAACAGGGUCAACCUGUACUCCAACGACAACCCAUCGAUUCGAAGCCCUGCAACUCUACCCGGCAUUACUUCACUCGGCUGUUUCGUCGACACCGCUGCUCGCAUCCUACCACACAACAUCAUCGGCACCGAUGACAUGACGGCUGCGAAAUGUGCGGAGAAUUGUGCUGAUUACGACUUCUUUGGCACGCAAUGGUCCCGCGAGUGCUUUUGUGGCUCGAUCUUGCCAACAGAACAGGCAACAGCAUCGGAUUGCUCCAUGCCUUGCUCGGGCGAUGACAAUGAGCUAUGCGGUGCCGGCAUGCGGUUGAAUGUCUAUAGCUUCGAUAAGGAAACAACGACAACCUCCUCGUCCGAGCCCACGUCUUCACCGACAUCUGAACCAGUUACACCCGUUGCCAUCAUCGAUAGGUUCGAAUACCUAGGUUGCUACAACGAUAAUGUCCCACAACGCGUCUUGGGAGGGAAGGUUGUGGUGGAUACUGCCAUGACACUGGAAAGGUGUGCUUCGGAGUGCAAGGACGGCGGGUAUGCACUUUUUGGCGUUCAGUACAGCUCCGAGUGCUUCUGUGGCACCUCUCUCGAUGUCGAUAGUGUUCAGGUCCCCGAGGCAGAAUGUGCCAUGGCAUGCAGUGGUAACCCAUUGCAGAAGUGUGGUGCUGGCAACCGGUUGAGUCUUUAUGCUGAUCCUGGCAUUGAGCAAACCGAAACGACUAACCCGGAAUCCAUUGGCCAGUUUACUUACCGAUCUUGCUGGACGGAUGAUGUUGGCAACCGGUCUCUUGCGGAUUUGGAGCACCGGACAGACGAUAUGACGGUAGCCAAAUGUGCAGAUAUCUGCCAAGAAUAUACAUACUUUGGUGUCGAGUAUGGGAGGGAGUGCUACUGCGGUGACAAGCUUGUUGGUCAGGCUGCUUUGGAAAAAGAGUGCAGUGUUCUGUGUGUGGGUGGAGGUUAUAACUGGUGUGGUGGACCUCUCCGGCUGAACCUGUAUGCGAAAGAAGCUAUCACUACAACUGCGUCCACCACUGUUUUCGAGACUUUCUCGACCUUCAAGGUUGAAUCAACUACAGUGCCAGAGCCAACUACCACUGCCUCUGACAUUAUCACCACGGCAGAUGAGCCAUCAAGCACUGUUUCGGAAACCUUGACCACAACAGUCGAGGAAAUCUCGAUCUCGACCGAAGAACCAGGCACCACGACUGAGGAAUUCACCACAACAACCGAGGAGUCAACCAUCUUAACCGAGGAGCCAACCGCAUUGACCGAGGAAUCAACCACGUCCACAGAGGAGCCGACCUCUCCAACCACCGAGGAGCCUACUACGACAUUCACCGUUGAAGCGAGCACCACCGUUGAACCGUCAACAACUUCGGACAUGGUCUUGUCAACAACAACUCUGCUCCCCUUCAUUGGCCCCGACAACAACCGCAACUUCGACCACCACGACACAAGGCCCCAGCUCAGUCACGAUCACCAGAUGUCCUCCAACCCCAACGUGGGAAGACCUGAGAUGUGCUACGACAGCUCUCUCCCCGGUCAAUGCGAACUGCUUGCAUCGACAUUGUACCAACCUCAGGCGAUGUCCAUGUACUUGUCCAACUGUCACUACAUUCUCACCCGCUAUGGCCUGCAGCCAAACCCGGUCACAUGCUUCCCUACCUCAACAGCAACCAGUCCAGAUGCCGCUGCUGCCACCUCGACUAUCAGAAGUGUUCACUCAUGCUUACGAUCCUCCUAUGUCUGCAGUAAAGCCAUAACCUGCGAAACAAGCACCUAUCCUGUCGGCCAGGUUCCCAUGCCAACUCAGAGCGUUGGCGUCGAUACUCUCAGCGAUGGUGGCUUCGAGAGUGGGCAAUUUGGUGGCUGGAACUUGACUGGAGACACCAGGCUCUUGACUGGCCAAAUCUCGGCUUUUCAGGCCAGGACAGGAAAUCAUAGCUACUAUGUCUACAACCCCAACUAUUACCAUGCCGGCCUCGUGCUCACGAGACGAGUCGUCGGUGUGGAACCGGGAAAAUACUAUCGUUUCAAGGCCAAUGUUUGGAUUUCGAAUAAUCAGGUCAACAACUAUAUCCAGCUGAGUGUAUCUCCGCCGGGGCUUGGUCAGCAGUUUAUGCAGCGCUACAGCACGGCGGGUGUGUGGAGGGAGAUUGCAGUACAUUUUACGACGACGUCUUCUUGGCUUGAGUUGCAGCUUACUGUUGUUGCACAGCCGAUGUAUAUCAACAACCCGCAGCAGUGGGAGGGGCCGAAUAGUAUCUUUAUUGAUGAUAUUAGUUUGGUGCGUUUGGGGUACUAG